AUGGUGUUUUUCCCUGAAGCGCUCCAGCAAAGCCUCGAAGAGGCAAUUGACAAGCGGCGACAGAUACGCCGACUUUGGACCCUUCGUCCUCCUGAGUUUUACGCCAAUGGCGUCAACUUCAUAUCAAAUGAUUUCCUGUCUCUAAAUAACGGGGUACAUCGUGAAGAAGUCUUGAAAGAGAUCUCACGGCACCCUAAUUUCAAGGUUGGUGCCGCAGCCAGCCGAGUCGCAGAUGGAAGCUCCGAGUACACAUUCGAACUGGAACGGUGGCUCGCAGACUUUCAUAAUGCGGAAUCAUGCCUGUUAUUCAACUCCGGGUUUGAUGCAAACGUCGCCAUUUUCAGCAUUCUUCCUCGUCCUACUGAUAUCAUUGUUCACGACAGUGAAAUUCACGCCAGUGUUCACACCGGUAUGCGUGCGAGCCGCGCCUCGGUGAUCAAGUCUUUCGAGCAUAAUGAUCCAGAGUCAUUGAAGAAAGUCCUUCUCGAGCUUCUUCAAAAUGAUUUUGGAGUUGCAAAGGGAGAGAAAACCGUUUUCGUUGCGAUUGAGUCCGUUUACAGUAUGGACGGUGACAUCGCUCCGGCAGCAGAAAUUGUGCAGGUUGUCAAGGAGUGUUUGCCCUUGAAGAAUGCAGUCAUGGUUGUUGAUGAGGCUCAUUCAAAUGGCAUAAUGGGUCCUCGGGGCAGUGGGUUCAUUUGCCACCAUGGACUCGAAAGUGAGUUCGCCAUUCGCUUGCAUACCUUUGGUAAAGGUAUCAAUGCUACUGGAGCCGCGGUCCUCUGCCCACCGUUGUUCAAAGAGACUCUGGUGAAUUACGCACGUAAUUUUAUCUUCACCACCGGUCCGGCCUUUCUUACUAUGGCCACUGUGAAAGCAUCCUAUAAUGUAAUUAGCAGUGACGAAGGAGAAGAAAGAAGGCAAAGGCUUCAAACUCGAAUCCGCCAGUUCUACCGUGGCCUUACUGAGCACCACCUCUGGGAAGUGGCUUGUAAGACUGGCCGGGUUAGGGUGUUCGCUGCUGAUACCUGGAAAGAGAUGGAAUUCAUGUCGCCCAUCAUUCCUCUUCUAACGAAGGUGGGACUUUCUCACAGUCUCGAAGAUAGACUCACGGGAUGUGGCUUUUUCUCCCUGGAAGUUGGGUAUCCCGUUGUUGCAAAGGAAAGAGAGCGUGUGAGAGUAAUUAUACAUGCCGACAAUACUGAGAAGGAAGUCGAUGGUCUUGUUGAUGCUGUAGUGACCUGGGCGGCGGAUCUCCCUAACUGA